AUGAUCCUCAGUGUCUACCGCACAAUAACGACCUGGUUUCGCCCUCUUCUCGUCGCCCUCUUCAAUCCCAGCAUCCCCUUACAUCUCCGCUGGCGAACACUCUGUCUCCAACCCAUCACCCUAUUAACAUACUCCAUCAACACCAUCCCUUACCUCUUCUCCCGCCCCUUCACAGUCGAGUAUCUCCCCGUCUUCCCCUCGCGCUCCAUCCGAGCCAUCAUCUUCAAACACCCCGGCACAGGCAAAGGACGUCCUCUUCGCCCGCUGCACGUCGAAAUACACGGCGGCUCCUUCAUCGGUGGCCUAGCAGAGAGCAAUGCACACUUCGACCAACGUCUUGCCCAGGAAACUGGCGCCGUCAUCGUCAGCAUAACGUACCGCUUUGCGCCGGAGCACACCUUCCCCUGUGCGAUUGACGAUGUCGACGCCACGAUCAAAUGGAUCCAAGAAAACGCAGAGAGUAAAUGGGGCGCAGACCCGACGUUAAUGACCGUCAGUGGUUUCUCAUGCGGUGGGAAUCUUGCCAUGGCGGCGACGCAGCAGGAGAAUUGCCAUGCGCCGGCGAAAACAGCAUUUAAAGCAGCCGUAACGUUUUACGGUGCUUUGGAUUUACGGCUGGAACCCGGAAAGAAACCGAAGCCGGCGGAUUAUCCCAAGUCAGAUCCGUUGGAGUUUCUGCUGCCGCUGUUUGACGCGUAUGCGAAGGCGGGGAGACCGGCACAUAUGGAUGAUCCAAGGUUGCAUCCGGGGCUGGCGAAGAGGGAGACACUUCCUGAGAGGAUGCUUUUGGUGGUUGCGGCUAUUGAUAUCUUGUAUGAGGAGCAGAUGGCGUUUAAGGAGAGGAUUAAUAGGGAGGCGAGGGGGGAUUGUGAGGGGGAUGUGGUUGAGACGUUUGUUGCGGAUGAGGGGUUCCAUGGGUACUUGGAAGUUCCUGAUGCGGUUGUGAAGAAGGAGGUGAAGGAUCAGGCGUUUUCGAGGGCGGUUGAGUUUUUGAGGAAGACGUACGCGAUGCAUGGGUGGGAGUGGGCGUAG